AUGUCAUUGCGAAGCCCCUUGGAGAGAAAGGAGGAAGUGAGACAUUGUGUUCCCGAGCAUUCAGAGCCUCCAAGCGAGGCUGCCAUGGAAUCCCAGUUGGCAAGAACUGGGCCAGGCCUAGACAAGCAGGACCCACAGUACCUUCCAGAUGGCAAGUCCAUCUACGGUGAGAAGUUUGAUGACGAGAACUUCAUCCUGAAGCACAUAGGUCCUGACAUCCUGUCCAUGGCCAACGCUGGACCCAACACGAACGGCUCCCAGUUCUUCAUCUGCACUGCCAAGACCGAGUGGUUGGAUGGCAAGCACGUGGUCUUUGGCAAGGUCAAAGAGGGCAUGAACAUCGUGGAGGCCAUGGAGCGCUUCGGGUCCAGGAACGGCAAGACCAGCAAGAAGAUCACCAUUGCUGACUGUGGACAGAUCUGAUCAGUCUGACUCGUGUUUUAUCUUAACUACCUGACCAUUCCUUCUGUAGCUCAGGAGCGCGCCCCUCUACCCCUGCCUACUCGAAC